CACCUUAAAGUUUGUUUCUAUGCAGCUUAAACGACACCGCUUAAACGAACCCAUCCCUUCACUAACCAAUAACCCAGCCACCUCUCCUCUGCUCUGCAACCCAGACCGUGACUCAGUCUGUCGACGGCUCCAGGUCAGCUCCAAGGCAGCGGCGACGGCCACGCCGACAGUAGGUGACCAGAGCUUGGUGAAGAAGAGUACUCUUUUUUAUUUUUGGGGACCCAUAGCUGAAUCCAGAAUUUUGAGACUAAGGCUUGGUUGUUGUAUUUUUCCUUGUUUUGCCUUGAGUUAUGGUUGUGUACCCCAGUGGAGGCAUUACAGAACAUGAAAGAAGAUGCUUAACAGGUUAAGUAGGCGUUGCUUUAGCACUGCUGCUCCGCAACCAUGGCUCUUUGUAGGCUUGGGCAACCCUGGAGAUAAGUAUAGAGGAACCAGACACAAUGUGGGGUUUGAGCUGAUUGAUGCAUUUGCUGAAUCACAAGGGAUUUCAAUGAACACGGUUCAUUGCAAAGCUAUCUUCGGGGAAGGUUUUGUUGGUGAAGUCCCUGUUUUCCUUGCAAAGCCUCAAACUUACAUGAAUCUUAGUGGUGAAUCUGCUGGACCACUUGCAGCUUAUUAUAAGUUACCUCUUAAUCGUGUGCUUGUGCUUCAUGAUGACAUGGGCUUGCCUUGUGGGGUGCUUCGUCUUAAUGACAAAGGAGGUCAUGGAAGCCACAAUGGGCUGAAGAGUGUGAUUGAUCAAUUUCGAGGGAACAGAGAAUUUCCUCGGCUAAGGAUUGGUAUUGGGAGGCCUCCUGGACAAAUGGAUCCCAAAGCAUUCCUGCUUCAAAAGUUCAAUGCAAGGGCUCAGGAACGAAUUGAUACUGCUAUGCAAGAGGGGGUUAGCGGUUUAAAGCUUCUUUUAUCUAGAGGAUUGACAGAGAGUGCAAGAAGCUUUAACAGGGAGCAAAAGUACAAGCAUAUAAGAUUGCAGACUAUGCCUACAUGACAACAUUAUUACUUAGGGGGAGGUUAGAGGCACCAUUUCGGCAAAUAACGUUGGUUUCAGCUUCGCUUAUACAGGCUGUUCUAUCUGUUCCACCAUGGCUCUGCCUUUAUUAUUUCACUGUUAAUAAUCCAUUUUUUUUAAUC